CAGAGGGAGAAUACCAUCUCCUGAGGCCUUGGACGGCUUAGAAUCUAUUAGAUGCAUGGAAACAUUGCCCCUGUGAAAGCACCUCCUUUCUUUGUAAAAGUUGAACCAUAACGACUCCAGAUCCCCUGGAUCGAGCCCAGGAUCCAGCGACGCAUUCGCACCGUCUAAUACACCCUAGGAAACAAAUCCUAGAUGGCGGAAUGCCGCAACCGGAAUCCGACCCUGUGGCAUUGCGGUGCCAACAGGCCGGAGGCGUGGUUGCCGCGCAAGGCUAUCUCUACAUGUCCCUGCUGAGAGCAUUAAGCUCCUGAGCUGGCAUAAACAUCAGGUCCAUACAUAUAACCCCGCUCAUGUCUGCAGCGGUUUUAGUUCUGCAGCGACUUUCCAUUCUUGCUUAGGGUAUAGCCUAUACCCAUCUCGAGCCGUCCUUUAAGCCUAAACAAUUGCGCAACUAUUCUGGCGUCUCCCGUUGGCACAUCACACUCUCCUCUCUUCCGCAGCAAUGGCUCCAAGGAAUCAGGCGGCCUGGAUUCCCGCCAAAAAGGCACGGCCGUUCAAAGUCGGCGAUGCACCGUAUACACCUGCAGGCCCGGGCCAGGUGGUCGUCAAGAAUACCGCCGUGGCCAUUAAUCCUUUCGACUGGGUGUUACAAUUUAUAGGUCCAGCACUGGCUGGCUAUAUCAAAUACCCUUUCAUAUUUGGCACCGACGUUGCCGGUGAAGUGGUCGAGGUUGGGCCCGAUGUGGAUCGUCUCCGUGUGGGCGAUCGAGUUCUCGGAAGCGCGACGGCCAUAGCCAAGCAGGUCAACAGGCCGGCUGAGGGAGGCUUCCAGCUCUACACGGUGAUGCGGCAGCACAUGAUAGCGCCAACCACCUCCCAUAUCACCGACAAACAGGCUUGUGUUUUGGGGCUGGCUUUUGGAACUGCGGCCUUCAGACUCUUCAGCCAGAACUACCUAGGACUCGACAUGCCUAGGAUCCCGGCACCGACUAGUGUUAUGGGCAUGUCAGGCAAGCUUCGCACUGUUAUCAUCACCGGUGGCGCGUCGAGCGUUGGGAGUAACGCCAUUCAGCUUGCCAUAUCCGCUGGCUACCAAGUUCUGUCGACAUCAUCUCCCAAGAACUUCGACUAUGUCAAGAGCUUGGGCGCCACUCAGGUCUUUGACUACAAAAGCAAAGCAUUAGUCAACGACCUCCUCACCGCCCUCAGGGGCCGCGAGUUAGUUGGCGCCUUCACCAUCGGCCACGGUGCCGUCGAGGCAUGCACCGCCGUUAUGAGGAAGCAUGAUCCCAAACUGACUAGAAAGUUCAUCGCCGUGGCCGGCGCCAUCAUACCUGCUGACAAACUUACGACUUUUGUUAGCAAGGGCACGUACCUCAUGGGCAUGAUGGGCACUGCGAUCAAGUCGAGUGGGACGCGCAUCAGGAUAGGGGUCGAAGCUAAAUUCAUUCUGGUCAAUGACCUUAUUGAGCCUACCAGCGUCGUGUCGCGACUCUAUAUGGACUUCCUGCCGCAGGCGCUUGAGAGCCACCAGUUUGUGCCCGCCCCUCCCCCGCACGUUGUGGGCCAGGGGCUAGAUAAGAUUCAAGAGGCCCUGGAUCUCCAACGAAAGGGUGUGUCAAGAAAGAAGCUUGUUGUGACUCUGUAGUUGGAAGGGACAUUGGAAUCGAGGUUGGAAA